AUGCGACUCCCUGACCUUCUCCUAUGCACUCUGUCUGCAGCGGAAGGCAAGGAGGAUAGAGGCAUGAUGGAGGGCGCUGUGAAUCCUGCGUUCCAUGAGGACCUGGAGGUGCAGAGCGAGAUGAGAGGUGGCAUGCAUGAUAGCACCCUUGCGGCUCAGCGACAGCACAUGCAGGCCGGGAUUGCAGCACGAGGAAAUGAAGGUGCCCAAAAUUACUUUGACCCCUCUGUGGCGGCGGAUGGCAACCCAAGGCAGUGCAGGAUGUCUGAGGUCGGAGCCAGAGAUGAGCUGGAAUUAAGUACGGUGAUGUCUGAUCAUGGUGCAGAGGAUGUUACUCCAGUGGCUGAGGGUGGAUGGAUAGAUCAGCAGAGAGCCGAGCAGUUGGGGAGGAGAGAAGACACAAUCUCUCAGUAUGUGGAGCAGCUAAAUGAGCGCGUGCAGAAACACAUGAUCCCAUUGGGCAGACCUGCACUGGGACAGGAAGAGCAUUCGGAGCGAGGGAUGACAGAGGAGAAGGUGUGGGCGAGGAAUCAGAGAGUGAUGUCGCUUAUAAAGGGGAAUUCAAAGAUCAGGCACAUGGAUGAGGAGGAGGCUGUUCUCCGGGACAGACUGUAUGCUGUGUUCAAGCGGGCAGAAAACCAGUUGCUGAAUUCUCUGCGUCAGCAUCAAGCUGAAGUCAUCGACCAAUACGGUGAGACUGUAGAAGAGACAGGAAACACAGAGGCACUGAGCAUCGGACCUGACCUCCACUGGCAGGUGGAAUGGAUACACACUCCGCAGCACAUAGAGGUGCAUGUUGUAUGUCUGCGAGCGGUGAGAGAGAAGCUGCCCAGCGGUCUGUACUCCGUGAGCGUGUCCCUACACACUCAGCUGGGCGGCCACACACUGCGCUGGUCUCGUCUGCAGGAGCAGCGGUGGGCUGCGAGCACUGAUCCCGUGCAACACCACGGCCGAUACAGGGACACAGAGCUCAGCAUUAACCAGAGCCUGUACAUGGUCUUGCCUGCAUCAUGUGACCUGUUGCCAUCCAGUGUUCUAGUGUUCAGGCUGUUGUCUCUGCCUGGCGAUCACAGUUAUGUCAGUUCUGUGGUGAGCUGGGGUGCGUUCCCCGUCUGCGACUGCUCCCUCAAACUCCUCAAGGGCAAGUUCAAGACUCCUCUGCUGCGCGGCGGUCCAAACGCAUCGCUCAACCAGUUCCGCAAAAUCGAGCAUCUGCUCUCCACUGACCUGGACAACUGGCUCUGCAACAUCUACUUCCAGGUGAAGAGACUUCCGCGAGGCAGCACCAGGGUUCCAGAGCACAGCUUCACCCUGCAGAUCCCCUCUCACCCACGGCAGAGCUACAAUCAGGGGCCUCCUCCCCACACAAACACCUCCACCCGCUCCUCUGCGUCGCUGCCAGGUAAGAGCCCCACUGGAGCUGUGUUACACCCAGAGCCCAUCGUCCAGACAAACCCGCCCAACGCUGACAAAAACAAAGCUGAAAUUCACACAAGCAAGAGCGACAGACAGCAGAAGAUCAUCACGAGAAACGGUGAGACGCUCAGAUCUCUCACUAAAGAUCAGCUGGAUCAAUUCACCUUCUCACUGCGAUCUCAGCAUCACAGUCAGCUCUGCUCUGCUCCGAUGUGUUGUGGGACGGCUGACAGGAUGCGUCUAGCAGUGCGUCUCCUCCCGUCUCUGCUCGAUCUCUCCUGGCGUCCACGUCCUCGACUGUCUCGGAUCAGUCUGAAUGUUCUGCUAUUCACACUCAUGUGGUUCCUGCGUCUGUAUCUGCAUUACUGCAGUCAGUGGCUUUACCUGCAGAGCAAACACAUCCCCAUCAACAGGUUCGGGUUGUGUGCGCACACUGUGGUUCUGGUGUAUCAGGGCUCACUGCUGUCCAGCCUGGAGGAAGUGAUGCUGGUGCUGCUCGGCCCCGUGACCUUGAGUGCAGCUACGCUGCUGCUGCUCGCGAUCAGAUGGGGCUGUCAGCGUGCGUUUGGCUCAACGCCCUCCUUCCUGUCAAAGUUUAUCACAGCUGCGGCGCUGUGGACAGCGCUCCACCCUCUGGCACUCUUCACUGUGGAUGCCGUCCUGGGGCGUUUGUCCUACAGCGCAGAGGAACCAUUGGCAGAUGCUGCUAAACUCUAUUGGCAUUUCUAUCGGACAGAGCAGUCUGGCACAGCAGGCAUCAUCAUCACCCUCUUCCUGUACGCCGUCCACUUCAUCCUGUCCCUCACUGUUUUUUACGUUUACUUGCUCAGACUUCACAAUGAUGGGAGACUGUUAGACAUCUACCAGCGUCUCCACAGUGCUGAGGGAGUGUUCUUCAUUCCACAUGACAUGGAGGUCUCCAACCAGGAGCUCAAUUACAUUGUGAAGAAGGCAGAGCAAUGGAGAGGCUUCAAUGGAGAGAGACGCAAGGUAGCAGUGUAUGACUACAUCUGGACAGAGGAGGAGCCUGUUCCAGGAUUGGCUCCGCCUGCGGGCACGUCCAUCACUGGAUGUGAGACCAGCACCCAUAUAUCCAUCUACACACUCCAUCUCAGCGGCCUACGCCAACAUUACAGGCACUUCCUGCGACAGCCCGAUGGAGCUAUAAUAGAGGUGAUGGAGGACAUUGACAGUGCAGAGUUUCAUAGAGCACAUGAACAUGAAGAACAUGAGAAGAUGAAGAGUAUGACACAUCUGAGAGAGAGGAAGAGAAGGAAACCUGUGUGGCGAUCACACAGAGUUGAGCCUGUUGGAGGAAGUGUCUGACUCAAUCACUGCAGUUAAAGAGUCCAGAUGAAAACAAACAUACGUGAUAACAAUAAUACGUUAUAUUUAUAUUUUGCUUUUCAAAACUCAAAGAUGAUUUAUAAUGUGUGACAAGACAGAGGAAAACAAAAAGAAAAAUGAAAUCCAUAAUAUAUUUACAUUGUGUAUUUAUAUUCAGUCUUUUUUUUGACUAUGUAUAUGGGUGUUUCUUCAACUUUUAGCACUGUGAACUUUAAGAAAGUAAAAAAACAUUUUUCACACUCUUACCAU